AUGCCCAUUCUCCCAACGCUCACUCUGCGUGGUCAGUCCACCCCUUCAAUUAUUCCUGCUCCGGGGCUAUCUACUACCUCUAAACACAGUAGCGGUAUCAUCGCUGGAAGUAUCAUUGGCAUUAUAUACGUUAUCCCGUGGUACAGGCGGUGCCAGGAGGUCAAGGUGGUAAAAGAGCAGGCGGUUGAAAGGCAAAGGGCCUCCCUCAGGUUCUUUGAUGAACUGUCACAGCAGAACUUGCGUCACAGCCAGGCCACAAUUAGUACGAUGUGUACUGUGGGCACAACUUUGUCUGUUGGAGACGCGAUUCCUAUGCGUAUGAUGCCUGCUAUGCCUGUCAAGGUUCAUAACUCUCGGCAGACUCGUCUUGGAUCAGAUUUGAAUGGUAGCCAUCAUGAGACUGAUGCAUUGUGGGAACGAUCAUCUUUAGCAACACGCGAUGAGCACGCAUUGUGCUUUCACGCUCUUUUCUCAACACAUGUUAUGCCAUCACAAUACACGCGUUCGCUCGCAUACAUCUUGUUUCUUCCAUUCUUCACCCAGUCAUCAUCAAAUCCAUACAACAACAGAGAGAGAAAACAAAGCACAACAAACAGCAUUCAACAAAGCCAAAGAAGCCAGUUUGAACCCUUGGACAUGGCCGAUUUUCUGAGACCAUCACUUGUGAUUGUCACUGAAGCGAGUUAUGUUACUGUCACUCCGACUGCCUUCUUAGCUACCCGAUCCUCUGUUCUGCCCACCCUCUCAUCGACUAUGGAUAUGGCAAGCACCUCAGCCCAUCUAAGCAUCUCGUCAACCUCGAUUUCAAUGGCUUACACCUCGUCUUCUGCAUUCGUUACUUCAUUGCUAACGAGCACCGCUUCACAGACUGGUAUCCCACCACUGCCAUCUGAAUUCGCUGAGCCAGAAGACCUCCACCCCAAUCCCAAGUUCAACGAUACGUUUGCCAUCAUGAUGCUCGUCGCACUGAGUAUCAUGGCUUUCCUUCUCUUCACCCUCAUCGGAUACCUGAUCUACUUGUGCUGCAAGGGCAAGUGUCCCAAGUGCAAAAACAUGCAGGAGCAGGUCGACAAGUGGGAGCGUGGGGAGCUGAAACAUAUCACCACGGAUAUGGUUAGGAGACGCGAGGUGCUAAACAAUGGCUCGUUGUCUGGAUCCACUGUAGAUCUGGAGAUGGGUACCAUUGAUCCAUCGCUGGCCGCAGCACUGCAUGAUCUUCAAGGCAGGCAAAGGGCGAUGUUUUGGAAUGGAACAAAAGAGACCCUACAUAAGAUGAAACGUAAGUUGAUGCGUAAGUUGAUGAGUAAGGGCAAGAACAACGCUGUACGUCCAGUCCAAACUCGAGCAUCGGCUGAUCGCUUCUUCACAGUAGAAGUCCCAUCUCAGCCUCCGCAGGUCCACUGCGAGCCUGGCGACAACCGUCUGUACGAUCCACCCUCGCCGAGCUGCUACUCUCAACCUACUCAAGUCAACGGACCGCGUGCGUUUAGUGACCACACGGACCCGGAAUUGCUACAGCCUGUUCGCUUCAAACGAGAUAGCGCACCACGACGUUCUACGUACACUGCGUACAUGCGCGACGUUCGGGGCGCUCCGAAUAGGAGUGACAACAUCCGUCAAGCCGAAGCAGGUCUUUCCACGCAAGAGUACCAGGCUGCAGAGCAUGCUAUGCAGCGCGACUCGACUACAGAGUCUUUGAUGCGUCGCGCUCUAGAGGUGGUCAACCGGGCUGAUCAGGAGGUGCAGCGCGCUCGCCAUCCGUCAAGGUAUUCUGAAAACUCGGCACCAAUAGAUAGCGAGCAAGAUACUGGGGCUCGGAACCAGGCGCGUGAGUCCUACCAGAUGGCAGAUUGGCGUCGGGGUCCGCGCAAGGACGGCUUCUUCUGAGUAUCUUAGGAGAAUAUACAAAAAUGCGCAACGCACUAAUCCUAGGAGAGAAGUUACAAGAUCGAAUACUAAAACUGUUAUAAGCUGAGUUGGUUUCUGGGAAGGAUGCGUAGUCUCUAGUAAUGCGCAAGCUGAAAUUUGUUAUACAAGGAGACAUGAACUCAAGCAUUGUGAUACUGUGAUCUCUCAAACCACGUCGACUCUGAAUUUGGAAAUGGACGGAUGUUCGCGGUGUAGCCAUGUUUCUCGUUUUCGAUAGGGUGAUUAGCUUUGACAACACUGUGGUCCAAGACUUAGUUCGUAC